AUGCUCCAGAACCCGCAAGCCGUCGAGGCGCUACAAUCCCUCUUGCAAGAGACUCUACGCAUAUCCAUAUCAGACGGUCGCAUCUUCAUUGGCACAUUCGUGGGGACCGAUAAAGCUAUGAAUAUCUUGCUAGUCAAUACGGACGAGUUUCGGUUGGGUCCGAAGGAGAACCCCGAUGGACGGUUCGUUGGGCAGGUCUUGCACGGAUGGAGGAUCGCAGAACGGGGCAGCGGGAUUAAGCUUGUACAUCUAGCUUUCGGGCCUAUAGAACAGGAUGAUGUCACUACGCUAUAG